AUGCGUUACGUUGCCGCUUACUUGUUGGCCGGUCUCGGUGGAAAUGCUCAACCAAAGGAAGCAGAUAUUGAGAAGAUCUUGGGAUCAGUUGGCGUUAGCGUUGAGGCGGAGAAACUGAGCCUCGUGAUGAAGGCGCUCGCUGGGAAGAACAUAGAAGAAGUCAUCGCGGCUGGCAAGGAGAAACUAGCGUCCGUACCGUCCGGAGGAGCGGCUCCGGCCGCUGCUGCUGCCGGUGGUGGUGCCGCUCCAGCUGCAGCUGGUGCCGCACCUGCAGCAAAGGAGGAGGAGAAGAAGAAAGAAGAGUCGGGAGGGGAGUCAGAUGAAGACAUGGGAUUCGGACUUUUUGACUGA